AUGGCGGCGAGGCGGAUACAGAGUGGGGUGCUCGGCGCACGCCAAGCGUAUACGGCGAAGCAGCUCCAACGAGACGCAGAUCUCGUGCAAGCGCCCAUCGACACGGCGAGGCGCGCACUCGGACUCGACGCGACCUCUUCCUCGAUGAUCCGCUCUCGCGAGCGACCCUCACCUUCUCCCACCCCGCCCACCUCUCCGCACACGCCCCUCUCCCGCCGCUCAGCAAGCCCCAUCCGCUCUCCCAUCCGCGUGCGGGCCCCCUCGACCGUCACCCGCUUCUACGCCGCCCUCUUCGACCACCCCGUCGCGCCUCCCGACACCCGCACCCCGCCGACCGUCUCGCGCGCGUACGCCGCGCUGCGGGCCGCCGCGCACAAGGCGGUCACGCCCGACGUGUGGGACGAGAUGUGCAGCAUGCGCAGGGGCGACGAGUCGUGCGCCAAGGUGGCGCUCGGGGCGCUCGCGGCGGCCAAGGACGCGGUCGUUGGACGGCCGCCCGGGCGCAGCAUUGACGCAAGGGUGCAGCAGAUUAAAUCCGCCGAGAACACGAUCAUCAACGAGCUCGUUAGCGACGCACUCGACGCCUUGAAGCGGGACGAGUCGAGGACGAGGAGGCGGUCUGGGCGGUCCGAGCGGCGAGAGGGGUUUUAG